AUGGGAUUACCAACCGAACAACUCUCUAGAUUUCAAAACAACCGACUUGAAGAUUUAUGGUACGGUCCGCUUGAAGAACUCGCGCUAUUCAAUUUCUGGAAACUUAUCAAAGAUAAAGCUGAAGGAUUGAUUUUUACUGAACCCCUGAAUCCCGCCGACAGUAUCAUCUUGAAUUCCGUUCUCGAUCAGGACGGCGACUGCGUGCUGCAAGCGGAUAGUGCUUCCAACGAUGAUGCUGGUCAAGAUGCUUCCAACAAAGGUGCCAUAUUCCAUGAUGUUUCUGAUAGAAAUCCAGUUUCGGCAUCAGAAUCUCCAAAACAUAUCCAACUACAUGAUUCCGCAGAGCGCGUACCAUUGGAUAUAAUAUCCGACCCAGUAUCGAAACCCGAAGAUCCUUUCGACAAAGUGUUGAUCUGGCCAAGAAUCGAUUCAAGUGUAUCAAAGGAGCGUAAACGUCGUGGUCUUGGUCAUGUACCAUCGGUAGCUACCAGUGAGAGAUGGUUGCAAUGGUUUCAGAAUAAGGAUCAUGAUAAGCAGGAAAAGGAGGAAGCCAAAAGGGCCCGGAUGGAACAGCGAAAAAUUCAGAAAGAAGAAAAGAUCGAAUUGAAGCGCCAAACAGCAAUAAAAAAAGAGCAGGAGAAGAGAGAUAAGGAAGCUGCUAAAAGGGACAGACUUGAAGCCCUUAAGCUGCAGAAAGAGAAAAAGGAUGAACGAGAUCGCCAAAAGGAAAUUCCAACGAAGAAGAAGAAGCAAACACAGAGAAACCAGAAGAAAACUACAGUUGAGUCUCGUUCAGCUAACAAUUAGUUAGUAAACACGGAACUUUUCUUGAACGUUUUUAUAAUUUCGUUUCGUAUUUUUUUAUUUGGAA